UACGAAAUACCUUUACUUAAAUUAGAAUAAAUCAGUUGAUGAACUACAAAACCUAGUUUUAGAGCCAUGGCGUUGGAUAUGAAAGUGUUGCCUAUUGAAUGUAAACCGUUACAUGUUCCACCCCUUGAAGAAAUUGCAGAUGUUUUAAACAAGGGACUGAAGAAACAUUUUCAAGAUGUCAAAGUUGAGGUGGUCAACUGCCCUGAUCUUACACAAAUGCCUUUUACAUUGGCCAAUAAAGGUUUAAAUGGUAACACUCAUAUGAUGGAUGUUGGAGGACCUCCUUACCUUGUACCUUUCGUACAAUAUGACAAGGUGUAUGAUUUGUGCGAUAUUCCCGAUGUAGUAAAAAUGAAGUCAGCUUUCAUAAUAGGAGCAGGUGCAGGUCCACAUCCCUACGCCACCGUUAAUUGUGAGGCAAUUAUGAAUAUCAAUAUCGAAAAUAGUUUAGUCAAACAGCAAACUCGUAUCGUUAAAGUGAACCAAACAGACGGAACGCCUGUGCAAGAACAACUCCCGACAACAGAAACGCGCUUCGCAUUACUUGGGAACUUUUUCAUAUGCGAAGGAAAACCUGGGCAGGUUCUGCAAGUUCAUGUAAAGAAGCGAGUCGGCUGCAUGGAUUUCAUUGCGAGUAUACGAGGUGUACUGGCUGAUCAUUACGGAAAUCGAAUUUUAGGAUUAGGUGGUACCUUUCUAUUGAGGGAGGGAAAAGCGAAGCAACACGUAAUGCCCCACUUUUCGGAGACAGCUAUAAACUCCGACGAUGAGAUUAAUCAGUGGUUAAAGUUUUACGAAAUGUCCGCACCUUUAAUCGCCAACGGCACUCUUAUUACCGGCGAUUACGACCUCGAUUUGCGAGUGCAGCAUUUUCACAGCUUCAGCUAUCACGGAGAAGGUGGCCAUUAUCAUAUCGACACCACGCCCGACACGGUCGAAUACCUGGGGUACUUCAAUUUAGCCCAAGAUAUUUAUCGGGUCGAUAAACCUGAACACACCCAUAAAGUGGGAAGAGAUUAAAAUUGUCAAUAAUAAAUUCUAUGGGUUUAACUUUU